GAUGCGCUAAAGUCACCAAAUGCAAUACAAUCAGGUCGCUUUUUCCUCUUGAAAUCGUUUGAAUGAGUUAAAAUCGUGUAAAAGUGCCCGUGGUUAUCAAAAAAACCGAUAACAACCCCGUUUUGCAAGCGAAGAAGCCGAAAAAAGUGUUAGUUGUAGUGCCACCAGGUUGAUGAUUUGAAUUUCAAAUUACAUAAGGACCAACUACAUUUCUCCAUAAAACAGUUGGUUUUUGUUAGUUUUUCGCGAAAAUUGUGAAUUGGGAAUUGAUUAACCGUUUUGCUAUUUAAAGGUGUGAAGUCAUUGGUGAGAAAGGCACCAUGACCAUGAACUGAAUACCCAAAUUAGGUUAUUACCACCUUUUGGAGCUCGUCAUUUAAAUUGCUUUAAAAAUGUAAAAUUGUAUUAAAUUUGGAGAUAACGGGAAGAUUAAUAAGCGUAAUGAGUGAUUUCAAACCAAGGUUCCUAAAACCAUCAGAAACUUCAAGCUUCCUAGAUAGAAACGACUCCUCACUCGCCGAUUCAACAGACUUUAUAUUCAACAGACACUUGUCGCAGUCAAUUCAAACACAGAGGCAAAGAUUACCGAUUUUUAAUAAUCGAAACCACAUCUUAUUUCUGCUCGAAAAGCACCAGACGCUGGUUUUGGUUGGGGAGACUGGCUGUGGAAAAAGCACCCAAGUCCCGCAGUAUAUGAUUGAAGCUGGAUGGCCUGGACAAGUAGGAGUGUGUGAAUCAAGAAGAGUUGCUGCAAUUUCAUUAGCAAAUCGAGUGGCUGAUGAAACUGGAAGUUUAGUCCAGGAAGAUGUAGUCGGCUAUGCUGUCAAGUUUGACGCUUGUGUUAAACAACCUAAAAUCAAGUACAUGACCGAAGGAAUUUUGCUACGUGAAAUGAUGUCGGAUCCUUUACUUAAAUCAUAUUCCGCCAUAAUGUUGGACGAGGUUCAUGAACGCACCCUAUACACCGAUAUUUUGAUGGGUCUUAUGAAAAAAAUACUGAGGAAAAGACCCGAAUUGAGACUUAUCGUGGCUUCUGCAACCAUGGAUGCGAAAGAAUUGUUUGAAUUUUUCAACAAUAAAGAUCGAAAUAAAGAUUCUGCAGUGAUAAUGACUGUGAAGGGGCGACAAUUCCCGGUCAAUAUUUUUUACACAAAAGAACCUGUCCCAUGUUACGUGCAAAAGUCGGUCGACACCGUUUUAAAAAUAAACGCAUCGAAGGAAAGUGGAGACAUUUUGGUAUUUUUGACCGGUCAAGAAGAGGUCGAUCGAGCUGUUCGCCUAUUGAAAGAACACGCCAAUAACAUCGAACAAGCGAAGAAAAAAGAACUGAUGUUCGUUUUGCCAAUGUACGGCUCUUUGCCAUACCACGAACAGCUCAAAGUGUUUAAAUCGGCUCCUGACGGUUACAGAAAAGUCGUAGUUGCGACAAAUGUUGCAGAAACAUCUGUUACAAUUCCCGGAAUAGUGCACGUUAUUGAUUGUGGUUUCGUUAAAAUGCGUUGGUUUAACACCGAAACACACACCGAUAGCUUGAUUACGGUCCCAGUUAGUCGGGCUUCAGCCGAUCAAAGGGCUGGACGUGCCGGAAGAGUAAAACCAGGACAUGUCUAUAGACUGUAUACCGAAGAAGCGGCAUCAAAAUUGGCCGAUAAUACACCACCUGAAAUAAUUCGAACUAAACUGACUUAUGCCGUUUUGCAAUUGAAAGCUUUGGGCAUUAGCAACAUUCUUAAAUUUAAAUUUCCAAGUCCACCACCUGUCCAGAAUUUGAAAAGUGCCCUCGAGAUUUUGUACGCCUUGGGGGCUAUCGAUAUAAAUGGCGAGUUGACGAAGCCUUUAGGCUUCCACAUGGCCGAAUUCGCUCUGGAUCCGCUUUAUUCCAAAGUGCUUUUGAGUUCAGGUGAUUUCGGAUGCUCGGAGGAAGUCCUGACUAUAAUCUCAAUGUUGCAAGUCGAGACGGUUUUCACUAAACCUUCAUCCGGAAAUUUUUCCAUCAAAGCCCGUAUUCAGAAGCGCUUAUUUGAAGUGGAAGAAGGCGACCUGAUUACAUAUUUAAACGUUUACAAUGCAUUCGUUAGCAGCGAAAUGUCGAGAGAAUUUUGCCACAAAAAUUUUAUUAAUUACAAGAGCAUGAAACGGGUCGUUGAAGUAAGAAAUCGCUUGGAAAAAAUGCUCGUUAAUUAUGAUGUUCCCUUUGUUUCCUGCCAGGGAGUUACUGAAAUUAUUUGUAAGUGUUUAGUAACGGGCCUAUUCCCCAAUGCGGCCUAUUUACACUAUAGUGGUGUUUAUAAAACAGUGAGGGGAGAUAUUGAAUUGUUUGUACACCCAGAUAGUGUUCUCUAUACCAUUCCACAACCACAAUGGGUCCUUUUUUGUGAAGUAAUGCACACCACAAAACUUUUCAUGCGAGAUUUAACAGUCAUAAAAAGCGAUUGGUUGUUAGAGUUGGCACCGCAUUUCUAUUAUAAAACUACAUUUAAGGAGUUUUAGUGAAAUAAAACUAGUUUGGUGUAAAAAUAA